AUGGCCCUCGCCGAACUUCGUCUUACGAGUCCCCAUCGCCUGCACCUCGAGCUGCUUGGCCUCCUUCCACCGGCCUUGGUUCCGCUAUUAUCUGAGAUUAGGCAGAUUCGCAUCCCAGCCUGCUUCACGAAGAAGAAAAGUCUCUCCAUCUUGGUCGCUUCGCAAUCCCCGGAUCUGUAA